GACCCCCGGCGGCACUGCGCCAGCCACGGAGGCGGAGUCAUGGGCGGAGCGGGCCGGUCGUUCGGGAGAGGCAGGCCUCGCCCGCGCCGCGAUCGCUGCUGCCUCCCGCCGUCGCGUUCCAUGUCGAAACGCAGCGCGACGAGCACGCCGGCCGGAGACGCACGAGAGGCAGCAGCAGCAGGCGCGUGAGUUCGUGGCUGCUCGCGGCCCCGCGGCCAGCAACCCAGGCGCACCAUGCUGGUUCCGUCGGACAUGAUGGGCGCCCAGUCCAAGCUCCUCUACCAGCUGAACAAGUUCUACGGCGAGCGCGUGCAGACGCGCAAGGCGGGCGUCGCCAAGACGCUGCGCGAGGUGUGCCGCGUCGUGCAGGACGUGCUGAAGGAGGUCGAGGUGCAGGAGCCGCGAUUCAUCUCGUCGCUGAACGACUGCAACGGCCACUUUGAGGGCAUGGAGGUAAUAUCGCCCACCGAGUUCGAGGCCGUGCUCUACCUGAACCAGAUGGGCGUGUUCAACUUCGUGGACGACGGCACGCUGCCCGGCUGCGCCGUGCUCAAGCUGAGCGACGGCCGCAAGCGCUCCAUGUCGCUCUGGGUGGAGUUCAUCACCGCCUCCGGCUACCUCUCGGCGCGCAAGAUCCGCUCGCGGUUCCAGACGCUCGUGGCGCAGGCGUGCGACAAGUGCAGCUACCGCGACAGCGUCAAGAUGCUGGCCGACACGAGCGAGGUGCGGCUGCGGAUCCGCGAGCGCUACGUGGUCCAGAUCACGCCGGCAUUCCGCUGCGCGGGACUCUGGCCCCGGUCGGCGGCCCACUGGCCCGUGGCGCACAUCCCGUGGCCGAACCCAAACCUGGUGGCCGAGGUAAAGGCCGAAGGGUUCGACCUGCUCUCCAAGGAGUGCGCCACCCUACAGGGCAAGCAGUCGUCCAUGGAGGGCGACGCGUGGGUGCUCUGCUUCCUCGACGCCGAGAACAGGCUCCUGUCCGGCGGCUGCCGCCGGCGCUGCCUGAGCGUGCUCAAGACUCUGCGCGACCGGCACCUGGACCUGCCGGGAAACCCGGUGUCCGCGUACCACCUCAAGACGCUGCUGCUCUACGAGUGCGAGAAGCACCCGCGCGAACUCGAGUGGGACGACGCGUGCCUCGGCGACCGGCUCAACGGCAUCCUGCUGCAGCUCAUCUCGUGCCUGCAGUGCCGCCGCUGCCCGCACUACUUCCUGCCCCACCUGGACCUCUUCAAGGGAAAGUCGGCCGGAGCGCUGGAGAACGCGGCCAAGCAGACGUGGAGGCUCACGCGCGAGCUGCUCACGAAUCCCAGGUCGCUGGAGAAGCUCUGAACUGACGCUGCUAAUAUAAAGUGUACAUUCAGGCGGCGCCACAUAGGGCCGUCGAAUGAAGAGCCUGUGAUCGUGCAACCCGCCACUCCCCUGGUCAGCGCGCUCCCCACGGUGCGCCACUCAGGACUGUCUCCAACCUGCCGGACGCAGUGGUCCCCGACCGGUUUCGCGUUCUCAGACCCAAGCGCGGUGUCCGUGUGUCCCGGAGUGCGGUGACCACACGGUUUCGUGUUCAACGCAGUGUCUCCGCGUGUCCGCGGGUGGGCCAUUAAAAUGGAACGGUGGCCGUAGCGCAGCGUCAAGCAGCGCUGUGUGCGUGUGCUCCCCACCUCGCGACCAGCGAAACGGCAACGAAUGGACCAAGACGACUGCAGGAAGGACCAUCGCGCUCUGUUCCAACCUUCAGAGUAGUCGCUCCGCACGCCCGCUGUAGGUAUUUAUUGUCGAAGUCGCAUCCCUGUGCUAUAGAUGUAUGUAUAAACGUGGUCUCUCACCAGGCUAGUCCCGAUAAGGCUCGAUAGUUUUACCAUGGUCACCGAGAGAGGUCGCAUGUGGCGAUGUAUACGCUGACUGUGUGUGACAUUUCUGAGCUGUCCUCGAUUUAUACUUUUCGAAGACUGUCGUUCUUAGCAAAAAUAAACGCAAAGACGAUGCCAUGCAAUA